AUGCCCUUCAUCGACGUCAACAGAGGUUUCCAAGGUUACGCCGGGAUCACUCUUGAGACAAGUCCGGAUUCAGGCCGGCUUCUCCAGACCUUCCGCGGAGCAACCGUCCUCCAAGCCGAGCGCAGCGCUUCAGCUCUCGUCAUAGACAAGCUUUCCGAGCAUCUUCUCUCGCGCGAUGAUUUCCUCAAACGCCAGGGGAUCCUCAAGGUGCUGCGGAAAGAGAAGCUGUUCGACAAGGAGCAGCAGUCGGAUCUUUCGCGACCAGGGCGGUACCCGAAGCAAUCCAGCGGCUGGGUGCGGCGAGACGGCUGGGAUCAUGAGGACCACAAGAUGGCAGACUAUCUUGAUGACGAAAUCAGCCCGUUUCACCUCCACAUGACCAUGUUCCGUACGCAGGCGCAACUCGAAGUUGAGCUCAACGCUGUGUAA